UGCAGUUAACCUUCCUUUGUAAAAACUAAAAAGUGUAAAACUAAAACCCGCGAAAAAUAAAAAACCCUGCAAGCUAUGCUUUCUUCAUCUUCUUUCUCAAAAUCACAAAACACAUAGACCGAGUUACUAAAUGGAUCCUCCGCUCCCAGUCGCAAAUGACCUCGGAUUCCGGGUCGGGUUCUCGGGUCACAGCGGCCACCUCCGAGUGGAGCCGGUCACCACCGUUGAGCGCCCCAACCCUCUUAGGUCCAUUCCCGAUUUCGUUCUGCCACCUGCAUUUCCCAGUGAGACCCCUGAAUCUAUAAAAAACUAUAUAGAAGAGACAUAUCUCAAGCCAAGAUUGGAUCCUGAUGAGUUUUCACCAGAAAAAGCUGGGAGGCAAUGGGAAUUUGAUUGGUUUGACAGGGCUGAGGUUCCUCUAGAGCCAUCAUUACCACGGUCUGUUGUAGUUCCAAUUUGGGAACCACCAUUUCGACGAUCAAAUAGUGAAUUGGUUAAAGGAAGAUGGGAACCAAAAUUUGAGGAGGUGGAUGUAUCAGAUCUAACAUCAGGAGCUGUAGAAUCUGGGCCAUUGCCCCGUACUUCUGCGAAGGACUUUGUUAGAGGAAGCAUCAAUAAUCGGCCCUUCCGCCCAGGUGGUUUGGAUGAUUCCCAAGCAAUGGAAAGAGUUCUUCCGGAAGGUGCUUCAAAUGGUGACUGGGUGCAUGAAAUUUUGAGUGGUGGGUCGGCUCAGACAAUCCCUCCCAGCUUAAAGCAUGGAGUGGACCUUGGUGCGCUCAAGCCAUAUCCAUACUCAUGGACUGUUUAUGAGGAUACCAAGUCAAUCAAGAGCUUGUCGGUUGAAAAACUGAGGGGACUAUCUGUUCAAUUUGAUGACCUAUUUAAGAAGGCUUGGGAAGCUGAUGUUGUUGAAGAACAAGAGGAGGAUGCUACUAAAGAACAAGAGGAUGGUAAUUUAUCUGAAGCGGAGACUGUUACCUUGGAAAUUGAAGCUGGGACGGCUGAGGAAUUCAGCCAAGCACAUGACAACGAAAUAUCACUUGAUGAUAUUCUGUCAGCUGACUCAGUGGAAUCAAAACUGCAUUUGGAUGGAUUCAGAAAUGAAGUUGGGCAGCAGAAAGCUUGGGCUAUGCAUGAGGCCAGUGGACGAAUUGCAGAACGCUUUUAUGAACUCGUUCCUGAUAUGGCACUUGAAUUUCCCUUUGAAUUGGAUUCUUUUCAGAAGGAGGCUAUUUAUUAUCUUGAAAAAGGGGAAUCUGUUUUUGUGGCUGCUCACACAUCAGCUGGAAAGACAGUUGUUGCUGAAUAUGCAUUCGCUUUAGCAUCAAAACACUGCACUAGAGCUGUGUAUACUGCUCCAAUAAAAACAAUCAGCAAUCAGAAAUACAGAGAUUUCUGUGGGAAGUUUGAUGUUGGGCUUCUUACUGGCGAUGUAAGCUUGAGGCCUGAGGCUUCUUGUCUCAUUAUGACCACUGAAAUUUUAAGAUCGAUGCUGUACAGGGGUGCUGAUAUUAUUCGUGACAUUGAAUGGGUAAUAUUUGAUGAGGUUCACUAUGUCAAUGAUGUUGAAAGAGGUGUUGUUUGGGAAGAAGUAAUUAUCAUGCUUCCAAGGCACAUCAAUAUCAUCCUCCUUUCAGCCACGGUACCUAAUACUGUUGAAUUUGCGGAUUGGAUUGGUAGGACAAAACAAAAAGAGAUCCGUGUCACAGGGACAACAAAAAGACCUGUCCCGUUGGAGCACUGCCUAUUUUAUUCUGGAGAACUUUACAAAAUUUGUGAAAAUGAAACAUUUCUGCCUCAGGGAUUGAAAGCUGCAAAAGAUGUUUCAAAGAAAAAGAAUUUGACAGCUGGUGGUUCCGGGCCAAAGACGGGGACUUCAGCAGGCCGUGACAAUGCCCGAGUUCAAAAACGGGAUAAUACAUCUCGAGGAAAACAGCAUGGGAAUAAUUUCUCUGGAACUGGCAGAGGCUAUCAGAAUAAUGGCAAUGGCCAGAACAAUUGGGAACUGAGGAGAGCAGAUGCUUCAAUGUGGUUGAUGCUGAUCAACAAACUCUCCAAAAAGUCAUUGUUGCCUGUUGUUAUAUUUUGUUUCUCUAAGAACCGCUGUGAUAGAUCAGCUGAUAGUAUGACAGGAACUGACCUCACAAGUAGCUCAGAGAAAAGUGAGAUUCGAGUUUUCUGUGACAAAGCAUUUUCACGACUAAAGGGUUCUGACAGAAAUUUACCGCAGGUUGUUCGAGUCCAAGAUCUUCUUCGUAGAGGGAUUGGCGUCCAUCAUGCUGGCCUCCUUCCAAUUGUAAAGGAGGUUGUUGAAAUGCUAUUUUGCCGUGGUGUUAUCAAGGUCUUGUUUUCAACGGAGACAUUUGCAAUGGGAGUAAAUGCACCUGCUAGAACUGUAGUCUUUGAUGGUCUAAGGAAGUUUGAUGGGAAGGAAUUCAGGCAGCUAUUACCAGGAGAAUAUACUCAAAUGGCAGGACGUGCUGGCAGAAGAGGACUUGAUAAGAUUGGUACUGUCAUUUUAAUGUGUCGUGAUGAACUCCCAAAGGAAAGCGAUCUAGAGCAUGUUACUGUUGGAAGUGCAACUCGUCUGGAGUCUCAGUUUAGGCUAACCUAUAUUAUGAUCCUACAUCUCCUUCGAGUUGAAGAAUUGAAGGUCGAGGACAUGCUAAAAAGAAGUUUUGCAGAAUUCCAUGCUCAAAAAAAACUUCCAGAAAUGCAACAACUUUUGAAGUUAAAACUUAAUCAGCCCACAAAAGCUAUUGAAUGUAUAAAGGGCGAACCAACCAUUGAAGAAUACUAUGAUUUAUAUACAGAAGCUGAGACAUACAGCAACCAAAUAUCAGAGGCAAUAAUGCAAUCGCCUAAUACACAACAAUUUCUUACAACUGGAAGAGUUGUAGUCGUGAAAUCAGAAUCAGCCCAAGAUCAUUUGCUUGGGGUGGUUGUGAAAACUCCUUCUCAAACUAACAAGUUAUAUAUUGUUUUGGUGAUUAAACCUGACAUGCCAUCCUCAGUGGAAAAUGCAAGUGGUGGUGGUUCACAGAAUCAAAGUAAUGCAUUUGACCAAGGUUAUUUUGUCAUGCCAAAAUCAAGGCGUGGUAUAGGAGAUGAAUAUAUUACAUCUGUUUCUGCCCGCAAAGGAAGAGGUGUCAUCAAUAUCAAAUUGCCGUAUCUUGGUUCUGCUAGUGGAAUGGGCUAUGAAGUCCGAGAAGUUGAUAGCAAAGAGUUUCUAUGCAUUUGCAGUAGCAAAAUUAAAAUUGACCAAGUUGGACUUCUUGAAGAUGUUAGUAACUCUGUUUAUGCAAAGACAGUUCAACUUCUUCUGGAAUUGAAAUCAGAUGGAAAUAAGUAUCCUCCAGCUCUGGAUCCUGUGAAAGAUCUUAAGCUGAGAGAUGUGAUACUUGUGCAAACAUACCACAAGUGGACUAAGUUGUUAGAAAAGAUGUCUCAGAAUCCGUGUCAUGGGUGUAUAAAAUUGGAAGAGCACCUAAAGUUAGCUAAAGAGAUGAAGAAGCACAAAGAAGAAGUACAUGCUCUUCAGUUUCAAAUUUCUGAUGAUGCACUUCAACAGAUGCCUGACUUUCAGGGCCGGAUAGAUGUGCUGAAGGAAAUUGGAUGUAUUGAUGAAGACCUUGUUGUUCAAAUGAAAGGACGUGUCGCCUGUGAGAUGAAUUCUGGGGAGGAGUUGAUUUGCACUGAGUGCUUGUUUGAGAACCAACUGGAUGAUCUUGAACCAGAAGAAGCGGUGGCAUUAAUGUCUGCUUUUGUAUUCCAGCAGAAGAACACAUCUGACCCUUCACUCACACCGACACUGGCCAAAGCAAGACAAAGAUUGUACAAUACAGCAAUAAGGCUUGGGAAACUUCAAGCUGACUUCCAUCUGCCAAUAAACCCGGAGGAGUAUGCCCAAGAAAAUCUCAAAUUUGGUCUCGUUGAAGUGGUUUAUGAAUGGGCUAAGGGUACUCCGUUUGCCGAUAUCUGUGAACUUACAGAUGUUCCUGAAGGUCUGAUAGUAAGGACAAUUGUCAGGUUGGAUGAGACCUGCCGCGAGUUCAAAAACUCUGCCGCUAUUAUGGGGAAUUCUGCUCUCUGCAAAAAAAUGGAGAUAGCUUCUAAUGCAAUAAAGCGUGACAUUGUAUUUGCAGCUAGCUUGUAUAUUACAGGCGUAUGAUCAUUAUUGCAAACGUUAAUGUUAGGUUUAGUAAUGCUUGUACAUAAUGAAUUCAUAGCAAUUCUUGUAGCUCCUUUUGUAUGUACCUUACCACUUCUUUUA